UCUCUCUCUCUCUCCCUCUACAUAUAUAAAGCACGAGGAGAGAGCUCAAAUCUCGCCGUCGCUCUCUCGAUCACGAGAAAGCUGAAGAGAAGCCCUCGUUGAUAAAAACUCUUCCCCUCCGCCCUCUCUUUCCCUUCCAAUCCGGGAUUCCGGAUCCCUAAUCCUCCGUUCCAGUCCGACCGAACCGGCUUCCAUUAUCGGGUCACCGCUGGGAAGAGAGCGAUGGAGAGGAAGAAGUACCCGAUCCGCGCCGAGGAUUACCAGCUGUUCGAGGUGGUGGGGCAGGGGGUCAGCGCGUCGGUCUACCGGGCGCUCUGCGCUCCCCUCGACGAGGUCGUCGCCAUCAAGAUCGUCGAUUUUGAGAGGAACAACAGCGAUCUGAGCAACAUCUAUCGUGAGGCACAAACUAUGAUCUUGAUAGACCAUCCUAAUGUUCUCAAGGCACAUUGCUCCUUUGUGAAUGAUCACACCUUAUGGGUUGUCAUGCCUUACAUGGAGGGAGGAUCUUGUCUUCAUAUAAUGAAGUCUGUCUUUCCCAAUGGCUUUGAGGAACCUAUGAUCGCAACAGUAUUACGUGAAGUACUGAAAGGAUUGGAAUAUCUUCAUAAUCAUGGACACAUUCAUCGUGAUGUUAAGGCUGGCAAUAUUCUAGUUGAUGCAAGAGGUAGUGUCAAGCUUGGAGAUUUUGGUGUUUCAGCUUGCCUUUUCGAUUCGGGUGAUAGGCAAAGAUCAAGGAAUACAUUUGUGGGAACACCUUGCUGGAUGGCACCUGAGGUGAUGGAACAACUGCAUGGUUAUGAUUUCAAGGCUGACAUAUGGUCUUUUGGGAUUACUGCUUUGGAACUCGCUCAUGGUCAUGCUCCUUUCUCAAAAUAUCCUCCGAUUAAGGUCUUGCUAAUGACUUUGCAAAAUGCUCCUCCAGGCCUUGACUAUGAAAGAGACAGAAAGUUCUCGAGGUCUUUUAGGGACAUGAUUGCAAUGUGCUUGGUGAAAGAUCCUUCAAAAAGACCUUCUGCACAUAAACUGUUGAAACAACCAUUCUUUAAGCAAGCUAGGUCUCAAGACUACAUAGUACGAAAGAUUUUGGAUGGGUUGCCUACUUUAGGUGAUCGCCAUCAAGCCCUGAAGGCAAAGGAAGAAGAUUUGCUUGCACAGAAGAAAAUGCUUGAUAGUGAGAAGGAAGAAUUAUCACAGAGCGAGUAUAAAAGAGGAAUUAGUGCAUGGAACUUUGAUGUUGAGGAUUUGAAGGCUCAGGCUUCAUUGAUUCCAGAAAAUGAGGAGAUCAGGGACUCAAAUGAACGCCACAUGCUUGAGAUUGAUGAAUUGCAAGAAAGAAUAUCAGAAGCCACACCUUGUUUCUCAUCAAAGGAUGGAGAUGAUGAUGCGAAAAAAGUAAUGUCACACGAAUCAACUCUUUUGUCAACUGAUCAGCCUGGAUGCAAUCAAAGAAGCAAGUCUGAUGGAUUAAACAAUGAAUUUAAGACUGCUGGUUCUAGUGAUGGAAAUGUUCUCCAGAAAAACUUGCACUUUAACCACGAGGGAAACAGUUCUAGUGAAAGUUGCAGAUCAGAUUUUGAUGAAAAGCGUAAAGAUAAUUUGUUUUCUCAAUCUUUUCAUGAACGGAGGCAUUCUGUAAAUCUGUGUUCAGCAGAACUUAUCCCCUUAUCAAAAGGAGAGAGUCUGAAGAAACAAAAUCAGCUCUUAAAUAUCGGAAAUUGCAAUGGAGAGUUUCAGACGGUAGUUGACACACCUAUUGACGUGGUGCAUAAACCAUCUAAAUCAGCAGGCAAGCAAUGUGCUGAUGAUGUUGAUGACAAAUCAAAGCAUCCACUUGUUCAGCGGAAAGGCCGUUUUAAAGUGUUGUCUGAUAAAAUUGAUUUGGAUAAGGCUCUUACACCUAUUUGCCUUCAGAAGAGUCAUAGUAUGCAGGUGUUUUCUCAACUUCCUUCACCGAGCAUACAAUCAUCAGUUGAAGCCGCAUCAAAUCUUCUUGGUUAUUCCGUGUAUCAGCAUCUGCAUUCCAUUUUGCAGGCAAAUAUACUUCAAAGGGAUAACAUCCUUAGCCUGAUGAAGCAACUAAGCCCUGGCGAGUUAUCAUCGACGUCCAAUCCAGCCAGUCGUUCAACCGAGGGAGUCUCCAUGUUGACAUCAUCGACUAUAUUUACGGAGAAGUCUUUGAUGGAAGCAGCAACUAAGGAGAAGGAGCUGAUACAGGAGCUUUGUGAGUUGCAGUGGAGGCUAAUCUGCACGCAGGACGAAGUAAAAAGGCUUAGAUUUAGAAAUACUCAGUCCAGUGCAUCGCAUCCUCCCCACAAUUGAUUUCUGUAGCUGGUGACGAACUAACAACAAAGCAUUUGUUCAGGUGUAAGAACAGAACAGGUAAACCACCACGUCCUCCAUCGCUGCUGCUUCUGCUUCUGCUUCGGCAGCAAAGGAGGGAUAGACGUGCAUAUAUUAUUGUAAUGCCAUUUCCACACUAGACAGAUCGUGGAGGUGAGACAGUUUUGUAUGUUUAAUCGCUCUACACAACUCCUAAGGUUAAUUAACAUUUAUGGUAACAUCGUGGAAGUAUAACUAACCUUCCACAGAGCAUCUAUGAUGAUUACGCCAUAAAGCGUGGUAGAAAUGCAUUAUAUUUUCGAGGAUUCAUGCUA